CCGGGCGGCAGCGGCGGGGCGGUGGCGGGGCGGUCGCGGGGCGGUGGCGGGGCAGCGUCGGGCCCCGGCGGGCCCCGGCCAUGCAGUCCCUCGCCCAGGAGAUCCGCAGCUUCUCCAGGGCCAACCUGCGGAAGCAGCGCACCCGCGUCACCACGCUGACCGGCAGAAGGAUCAUCGAGACGUGGCGCGGCGCCUGCCUGCAGGUGGAGGAGGAGGCGGCGGCGGCGCCCGGUUACGUGCAGGACCUCAGCGCUGACCUGCAGGUCGGCGUCGUGAAGCCCUGGUUGCUGCUGGGGUCGCAGGACGCUGCUCACGACCUGGAGACGAUGAAAAAGCAUAAGGUAACUUCGCACGUGACUCAUGUUCUAAAUGUGGCAUAUGGAGUCCAAAAUGCCUUCCUCGAUGACUUUAUAUACAAGUCUAUUUCUAUUCUGGACCUCCCAGAAACUGACAUUACCUCCUAUUUCCCUGAAUGUUUUGACUUCAUUGAGAAAGCCAAGAUUCAGGAUGGUGUCGUUCUGGUGCACUGUAAUGCAGGAGUCUCCCGUGCAGCUGCAAUAGUCAUCGGUUUUUUAAUGAAUUCAGAAAGACUGAGUUUUGCUAGAGCCUAUUCCUUGGUGAAAAAUGCAAGGCCCGCAGCUUGUCCGAAUCCUGGCUUCGUGGAGCAGCUUCACAAGUACCAAGAACAGAAUAUAAAGGCAAACGGAAGCAUAAAUGAUCACGACUGAUCAAAAGCGAGAAGUGAAACAGUCCAUUUUGGCUAGACAAUAAGAGAUGUUGGAUGUACUUUCAUCUCUCAUUUUGCAGUCCCCUCUCACAUGUGCAUUUUUAAGUCUUUCUCUACACAUUUCCUUUUCUGACUCCCCUUCGACCCUCUUUUUUGCAUGUAGUCUAAAGGCCAAAUGCUAUUCUGUUCACUUCAGAACUGAUUUUUCCCAAGAAUAAGCUCUUCCUAGAGCACUAAUAAAAGAAAGUUAAAUUUUCCUUGCAAUAUUAGGAAAGAAAUAGAAAUUUAUUUUUAAUAUAAUUUUCAGAGAAUGCAGGCAAUAAAGGAAAUAAAAUAACUGAGUUAAAAUGACCUGUUUAAUACUAAAUCAAAUCUUUAUGCAUUCUAGUUGGUUGUAAAAUCAAGGUAAUAAAAUGAUAAUGUAAUAAAGUACCUUGAUACUGGAUUUUAAAUUUAUGUUGCAACGAAAGAGGAUUUUAUUGCAUUUUGUGGGCUAGCCAGCCAUCGUGUAUUUUUGGAAACUAAAGUAGAUGGUCUUUUGAUGGAAGUAAAAAGGUAUAGGAUGCUGUAAUGCUUCAUUUCCUUCUACCAUUUCUUAUCUAGUAGUGAUUUGAAGUGCUUUAAUGCUCUUUUGAAAGUGCUGGAACCAGGCUGUCAGGAUUUUUUGGUAGGUCAUUUUGGUGCAAAAAAUGUUUAUGACAACCUGUCUCUGACUCACUCUUACUGCCUUCUCUUUGCUUUCGGUCCUUAUUUGCUGUCCUCUCACUCCACGUCGUGUAUAAAGAACAGACUUUAUAGGAUAGGCCACCUUGACAGAUGGAGUAACCGUACUGAGAUGCACGUUAAGAAAUCAAGCAGAACGCUGUAAAGGAUUUUAUUAGUGUAUUUUUUGUGGCCUUCACACCAGUUCUAAAUUGUUUGAUACACUAAGAUGCAACGAAAUAAAAAGAGCACUGUGUUUGGAUAAA